UUCCUGCUGGCCCCAGAGAGAUAUAAGCAGCAGCACCUGGGUGGAGUGGGACAGAGGAGUGGAUGCUGCGUUAGAUGAGGAGACAGCGCUGGUGCUGAAAUUGGAAGAUGGCAGAGCCUGAAAGCACAGUCAUCAAUACUGAUGUGAAACAGAAAGAUCCCAGCGAGGCACUGGUCAUUGCAGUGACCACCAGAGCCAUCUUCAACUUGGAAGAGGAGCACCAGCUCUACUUGGAAAAAGGAAAGGAGGAAUACGUGAGGCACCAACAGGCCAACCAGGACAACCUCCUUCCCCCAGGCACAGCCUUUGCCUUCAUCCAGGCAGCACAGUAUGUGAAUAAGAAGAUCCUGGAGAGUAACCCAGCAGAGAAGGGCCUCUUUGAUAUCCUGGUGCUCUCCAACAACAGCCCAGAGAGUGGCGUGCGCAUCAUCAACAGUGCCAAGCAUUACGGCCUGGAGAUUUCCAAGUUCUGCUUUGUCAGUGAUGAGGACUCCACGCAGUACCUGAAGUCCCACAGGGUGAAACUGUUCCUCUCAGCUGACAGGACAGAUGUCUGCAAUGCCCUCCGAAGAGGGGUCUCGGCAGCACUCGUCUUCCAGCAGGAGGUGCAGGCCCCCAGCACCCCACUGCGUGUGGCCUUUGAUGGAGAUGCUGUGCUUUUCUCCGAUGAGACAGACCAGGUCUUCCGGGAGCAGGGCCUGGAGGGAGCCAUGCAAUACGAGCGGGCGAUGGAGGCUGUGCCUAUAGGAGAGGGUCCCAUAAAAGCCUUUGCCAUGCACCUGGGGAAUAUGCGCAAGAAGUUCAGUCAGGAGGAGUCCCCCAUUCGCACCUACCUGGUGACAGCCCGCAGUGGCCGGGACAUGGGCAUCCGAGCCAUCAAGACACUCCGGGAAUGGGGUCUGGCCAUCGAUGAAGCCUUCUUCAUGGAUGGGGCUCCCAAGGGCCCCAUUCUUGCUCAAAUCCAGCCACAUAUUUUCUUCGAUGAUGGCCUUCAUAACAUCCAGGGGGCUCAAGAUGUGGGUGUGCCCUCUGCAUGGGUCCCCUCGUGCUGCUGACAGACUAAGAACCUGCAGCCUUCCUUUUCCCUCUCCAGCAGAUAGGACUGAGCCAGCUGAAGGCAGACCUGGUGGGAGGGAAAGAAUUUCCCAGCCUGCAACAAGAACCCCAGGGGGUGAAAGCAUUGCACAGGAAGACAAGCUACCAGGGAAGAACUGAUGUUCAGUCCUGCUCCUGAUACAAGAUCCUCCAGGCCUCAAAAGCCAAGGGUUGCAACCACUGCAGGAAAACCAAACACCCUAUUAGGAGACUCACACAGCCCCUGGAGCAGCAGCAUAAAGACCACGGACAAGGUUGCAAUACAGGUCCCUCCAGGAGAGGGCACUGGAGACAGCCACCUACACCAGCAACUAGAUAGGGAGCAGAGCUUCAGGCUAUUACUCCACACCUCCAAACAGCAGCAUAAGCCAAAGCCUGUGCUUAAAUAGGGACGUGGGUGGUGGACAUAGGUGGGGGGGUCCUAGGUGUGCCUGAUUAGGGUAAAUGGGUUCUGAGUGCCCUACCCUGAUGACCCUGUGUAGGGAUGACUUUUCUUUGUCCGUUUUGACUCUGCUUCUAAUGUUUCCAGAUGAAAAGCGCCCCCCCAAAGCUUCCCCUGCAAUGAAAGCUUCCCCUUUUCUCUCUAGGGCUGGAUAGUAGGGGCUGCCACUAGAGGCUGCUGCACUGCCUUGCUGUCACCUAUGCUACUGGGAAACACGGUGGGUCCUCAAAAACCACCAUCAAAAAACAGCCAUUUACCCCCACUCAAUCUUGAAACUGGAAAUUCUCUCCACUGUAUUAAUUUUCCAGCCAUUUUUUCAAAAAGGAAAACAAAAGAAUAAUAAACUGAAAUACAGAUUUCAGGGCAGACUACAGAGAAAUUAGUUUUGGUUUCUUCUUGUUGUUUUUGAAGGAUUUGUCACCCUCACUAAUGCUUUUUCACUCAGUAAAUAGUAAAUAACUGUCAUGUGAUUUGCUGGUGUCUCUAGUUGAGCAUGCUUAGUGUAAUAUCUCAGAGCUGCUUUGCAGACAUCAGGGUUUUUUGUCCUGUUCUUACCUCAGAUAUGCACACAGGGGGCCCAUCAAGCAAGGCUGAUCACAAGAAGCCUUCAGUAGGCUCUGGAUUAGCUCCCUGCAGAGCAAAGGCCAUCAAAACCCUCAUCCAGACCUCAGAAAAUGCCAAUUUUUUUAAUGUAUCACCAGUGAGUCCCAUCCUGUGUACUAUCAUACCUCAAUGUUAGCUCCCACACAUUCCCACCCAAGCGACUUUUACCUCCUGGACCACAGAGCUGUGGCUGAGGCAGCUGCCCCCACCACAGGCCAUGGGGUGGCCACUCGUGUUCCCAUCUGUGUCUCUGCUGCUCUGGUUUUGGGGCACGUUUUGCUCUGCAAGAAGAGCUGCUGGAUGAACUCACCUCCACAACAACUUUUUUCCAAGUCAAGAUGCUGAAAUCACAUGUCUAAAAGUAGCCACAUCAAUAACAUCAGCUCCUAAUCAUUUGCUAAUAAUGCUAAAUACCUGUCAGCCUCAAUCAGUGAGCAAACAUUAAUUAUGGCGCGUUCCAAACAAGCAGAGGAAGAUGUUCGUCACACUUUUAUGGAGGUCAGAUAUUGUCAGGCAAGGUGGCCCAGUAUUGGUGUUUGACUUCGCUCAUCAUGCAGGGCUUGGUGGCAUCUCAUGGUAGGCACUUUGCCCCCCAUGCUGCUCUGGCCUUUUCCGAUGCUGAUGUGGUUUUGGAAGAUGAGGCAAUCCCUUACCCCUGGGUGAAGCUGAAUUUAAUACUGGCCUUGGGUAAGGGGGAUUAGCUGAGUCAAGGCUCUGGGGAUGAGAGCACAUGAGCAGUGGCAGAGUGCAAGGUGCUGAGGCAAGGGGAACACACCACGUGCCUUCCUCCAGCACUGUCAGGAGGAAGGAUGACAAUGCAAAAUGUGUCCAAAAUGGGGAAAAAAGAAAAGGAAGCACAAAGUUUGGGGGAUUGCA